CUUUAUUCUUAUGAACUCAGCCGUAUAUUCAAUCUUUUAGUGUGGUGAUAUUUAUUGUUUGGGUGUAAAUGUUCCUGCAACUCAUGCUUACAAACUGCUAUUACACUCAUUGCUUUGAAAUAGUUCAAAUUCUGUUUGUCUUUGACCCCAGAGGACACCGCGUGGUUCGAAGUUUUCAAGAGUAACUGUGAUAGCUGUGAGACACCGAGUCUAGGGGUUGUUUUUUGUUUGUAUUCCGGACAUUAUGCUGUCAAAAGUGUGCUGUCUUGGUGCAGGUUAUGUUGGAGGUUCAACACUUUCAAUUAUAGCUCAUUACUGUCCGGAGAUUCAAGUUACUGUUGUUGAUACUUGUGAUGAACAAAUCAAGAUGUGGAACUCAGAUACUCUGCCAAUAUAUGAGCCGGGAUUAGACGAGAUUGUUAAAUUACACCGUGGAAAAAAUCUACACUUUUCUUCGGAUAUUGACAAAGCAAUAGAUGAAGCCGAAAUGAUUUUUAUCUCAGUGAAUACCCCAACAAAAAACUGGGGCCUCGGUAAGGGUAGAGCAACUGAUCUAACUAACUUGGAGGCUGCAGCUCGACGUAUAGCUAAAGUAUCACGACAACCCAAAGUUAUAGUUGAAAAAAGUACAGUACCGGUGAAAGCAGCAGAGACUACAAGUACCAUACUUCAAUUUGAAGCUAAGUCUCGUCGUAACAUAUCCAGUCUUACAAUAACAACUAAUAAUAAUGAUAAUAAGCUUAAUGAAUUUGUAGUCUUAUCGAAUCCGGAAUUUCUAGCUGAAGGUACUGCUGUCAAUGAUUUAUGUAAUCCAGAUCGUAUUCUAAUUGGUGGUGAUUCACAUUCGUCAUCUGGUAAAUUAGCAAUUGAAAUGUUACGUUGGAUAUAUUUACAUUGGGUACCAGCAGAACGUAUACUUAUUACAUCGACCUGGUCAUCGGAAUUAUCUAAAUUGGCAGCUAAUGCUUUUCUUGCUCAACGUAUUAGCAGUAUCAAUGCUAUCUCGGCUAUAUGUGAACAAACAAAUGCUGAUAUUAAAGAAGUGUCUAAAGCAAUCGGUGCAGAUCAUCGAAUUGGUCCAUAUUUUUUAAAUGCUAGUCUUGGCUUUGGUGGUAGUUGUUUUCGUAAAGAUAUUUUAAGUUUGAUGUAUAUAUCAGAGACAUUGAAUUUACCAGAAGUAGCUUCUUAUUGGUAUAGUGUACUACAAAUGAAUAAUUAUCAGAUUAAUAGAUUUACACGUAAUGUAAUUGAAAAAUUGCACAAUACAUUAAAAGGAAAACGUAUUGCAAUAUUUGGCUUCACUUUUAAAGCGGAUACAUAUGAUACAAGAGAUAGUCCUGUGAUACCAUUGUGUAAUCAGUUAUUACAAGAACAGGCUGAACUAGCAAUCUAUGAUCCUAAAGCUCUUCAUAAACAAAUUGAAUCAGAUUUAUUAAUCAAUAAUAAUAAAGAUUCAUUUAGUCAAUUCGUUCACAUUUGUUCUACGCCUGAAGAAGCUGUCACCAACGCCUAUGCUAUUCUGAUAUGCACAGAUUGGAAAUGUUUCCAAGAAUAUGAUUAUGCGAAAUUUUACCGUUUAAUGACGAAACCAGCAAGAAUAUUUGAUGGACGCAUUAUAUUAAAUCAUAAACAAUUAAGUCAAAUAGGUUUUAUUGUUGAAGCAAUUGGUAUUGCAUCAGAAAGUUUUACCAUGAAUGGUUAUGUUGAAUAAUAAUAAUAGUAAACAGUAGUAAUACAACUCCAUAUAUUAGUUAUUAUUACUUUUAUUUUUGACGUCAGCUUCGGCCUUCUAUGUUUAUUUAUUUAUUUAUUUCAUCUUUCGUUUCUUUUGAUAGUAUUUUGUUAAUUUUGAUUCUUAUGAAAUGUAGAAUGUUGGCAAUAAAGAAAUUUCUGUAAUUAUGACUGCAUAUUGCUUCUUUUUGUGUUCUUCUGUUAAAACAUGUACAUUCACAUAUCUGAUUUAUGAUAUUUUCAUUACAAAGCCCUCCCUCAAAGAAAACGACAUAAAACUGAAACCAAUUUAUCUCUAACUACACUCCAGUUUGCUUUCAUUUUGUAUGUUUGUGUAUAUGUGCUUUUUUCACACAUAUCCAUUGUCUAAAGAUAAACAAUGUAUUGCCAAUCUAUGCACACCUAUCUUGUAUUAUUCAAAAUUGUGUUUAUGCCUGUAUUUAGUGUCUAGUAAAUGUUAUAUUAAUGUACCGUUUAUCCUCAGGAGCUUGUGUUCUUUUUUCGGUUUAAGAACAAUAUAAUUCUCUAAUUUAUUUUGUACGCUGAAAUAAUUUCCACUGUUAGCUUUUUUAUGUAUAAUUUAUUUUUAUUACUGAUGACUUAUGAAAGUGUAAUCUUUUAAAAAUGACGACAAAAUACUUUUCUUACAUCCUUAUUCUUAUUCUAAUACACAGGAACUUUUAACUUUAUUAAACAAGAUAUUAUUGAUACUACUGUGGUGUGGGCUACUGAUUUCGACAUAUAUAAAUAGUAUGUAUUUACAAUCCACAGUAGAAUACCUAACGAUAAAAGGUUGAGAAAAUCAAAGAGAAGAGAACAACAAAUUCUGAGACAAUUGAUGGAUAUUCUACAAAUGAAGUACUUACUAUAUGGUUCUCAGAUUUUACCAAGAUAUUCUGCAUUGUUGUAUUGAAUUACAUAUAUGUGUCUCCAAUGGUGUUCUCGUUAACCACCCUACUACUGCUACUAUUACUACUAAUAAUUAUAAUCAUAAAUCGAUUCUCAAUUGUCAUUUUUCCCCUAUCACUUGUAAUUUCUUCCGUAAACUGUUUACCAUUGAAAUGGAUAAUGACCCAGUGAUUUAUUCUGACCGAAUGAUUAUUGUUUCAACAGUUAUCUUGAUUUGUUUCGAAUUUUGUCUACUUUCAUUCACUUCUUUUCCUUGUUUUCUUUUUCAUAAAUCAUUCCUGUAUAUUUUAUAAAGCAAAUUAUCUAUGAAUCCGGUUGUGAUGUAUUUUAUUAAAAUGUACUAAUCAUAAAAAAUGUUCACUUUCUUGCAUAACAAUAGUACUGGUUUAUGGUGUUGUUGACCAUCUGAAAUAAUUCUAGUAAAUCAAACUAAAGUAUACAUUCAUUAUAUGUGAAAAUUAUAUUUGAAACAUUCUCAGCGAUUGAAAUUUAACUAAUUCCGACGUUUCGUCCAGCUAACUUGUCUGGACUUCUUCAGGGUAAUAAUCAAAAUCAUCAAAUUUUCACAUAUAAUGACUUCUCUAUACUCGGCGCUCAAUUACUGUCAAACUAUUCGUUCUAAUCUUGACGAAUACUCGUAUAAAGUAUACAUUUUUUGUAAAUUGUGUUCAUUUUUUUAAAGCAGUUUAGUGUUUAUUAUGAAUUGAAUAUUGUGAGUUUAUAUAUCGACUAAUAACAUAUUUGAACAAGGAGGUUUUAUCAGUCAGUGGAGAUAAAACAUUUAGACAAAUAAAUUUGACUAUUUAUACUUAUCAUCAUUCUAAAUAAUAAUAGAAAUAAGGCGGAAAUCUGAACAUGUUUACGAAAAACAUCAUUGAAAUCCCUA